GGACGGACCCGGGGCGGGACAGGGUAGAGAACUUGUACCAGCUGCGCUGCCCCCCGUCCAACUUCCGGGCGAGAGGGGAGCCUGACAGAGCAGCUCCGGACUUUGGCCCGGUCGUGGUCUCGAACCGCGACGGGCAGCGUGAACGGCUGCCGGGCCACCGUUUUUGGUAUGUUCGCACCUGUGGCUAAGAGCGCUGGGCGUACCCCGCCCGCCAGUUUUGACGCCUAUUGUCCGGAUGGGCCGGCGCGCAGUUGUCGUAAUGUGCGCGGCCACCAAUCCCGUUGGCGCCUGCCUCUACAAGUAUUGCCGCGGCCAGUUUGUUCGUCGGCUUCUCAUGCAGCCGGCCCCCAUUUGUGUUUUUCCGUGGAGAGACACAGCAAUUGUGGCAUGGGCGGCCGCGGCCCUAGCGCUUCCCUGCUUGCGCGAUUGGGGUUUGCGCGUUCAGCAAAGAUCUUGACUGGUUCAGCCACCUUGUGUGCGAGACCAACGUUGCUUCUCCUGCCAUUGUGUGCCCUGUGUUCCCCAGAGGUGAUACUUCCGCAGAGAGACAACAAGCAGCCUGUGUUUCACUUUGGCAUCAGUAGAUCGAGUGCAGCAACACUAUUACGAAGCCACGAGUGAUCGCUUUCGUACACAUUGACGGCAAACGGUCGCCUUGUGUUAUCCCGAGACGAGGACCAGAACGCACUACGCAAUGCCGUGCCCGACUUGCUUCGCAGCAGUCGCAGCGACCAGCGUUCCGACAAUCAGCCCCGGCUCCGCCGGACGCAUCGCCGCGUUCGAAAACGUCCGCGCCGACCUGGAGUCGGCCCGCAUUGCCCAAGCCACGGCCGAGUUUGGCUCGCUCGCGAAACUGGUCGUCAACGAGCUGAAAAACGCACUGCAGGUGCACGGGCCAGCGGGUGACGUUCCUGGAGGUGCUGUGGCCAGCGGGGCUGGGCUGCUUGAUCCCAGUCAGGCAAUAGCACAGCACUCCGCAUCUUUUCUACAUGUCGCUCCUCCGCACGACUACAGCAACUUUUUGUGAAUUUUUGCAGGUAAGCUCUGGCCGAGCAGGAAGAGUGAGAUGAUUCAGGCUGGUCCUUGACUUUGGUCUUCGGGGUCCGUGUGGCACGAAUACUACAGCUAUCUCGCCGAGCAUCAUUUGGCCCGCCUGAGUUGUCGACAAGCACACGGACAAGGAGCGAAAAGGGGUGGAGAGUAUUCCACUUGUUUAAAUUAAUGAGCG